AUGCUCGACGUCAACGACUUCAUUAAGGAGCGCGGAGGAGAUCCAGCCAAGAUCAAGGAGUCCCAGCGUCGGCGCCAUGCUCCUGAAGAGGCUGUCGACGAGGUCAUUGCCAUGUUUGAGGAUCACCGCAAGACCCAGUAUGCCGCUGCUACCGAAAUGGGCGCCAAGCUCAACGUGGUGAAGAAUGGCAUGAAGGAGAACAAGAAGAACAAGGGCGAUCCGGAGGAGUUUAAGAAGCUCAUGGCUGACAAGGACGCGCUUGAGAAGGAGAAGAAGGCAUUGGAGGAGAGUGCAGCGGUCAAGUACCGCGAACUUCUCAAAAAGGCCAAGAGCAUCGGCAACUACGUGCACGAGAGCGUGCCCGUGUCAGAUAACGAGGACAACAACGCCAAAAUCCGCGAUUGGGCUCCCGAGGGCGUGGCAGUUGAGAAGAAGGAUUGUCUCUCACACCACGAGGUCCUCUCGCGUCUCGACGGCUACGAUCCCGAGCGUGGCGUGAAGCUGGUCGGACAUCGUGGUUACAACCUCACCGGCUACGGCCUCUUUCUCAACCUCGCCCUGAUCAACUACGGUCUAGAGUUCCUCUUCAACAAGGGCUACAAGCCCAACCAGCCGCCAUUCAUGAUGCUCCGCGAGGCCAUGGCAAAGACGGCACAGCUCGAACAGUUCGACGAGGAGCUGUACAAGGUCACGGAGAAGGAGAACGACCCAGGCUCAGACAAGUAUCUCAUUGCCACUUCAGAACAGCCCAUUUCUGCCAUGCACGAGGGUGAGUGGAUGAACGACAAGGACCUGCCCAUCAAAUACGCCGGCUACAGCACCUGCUUCCGCAAGGAGGCUGGUUCACACGGCAAGGACGCGUGGGGCAUUUUCCGCGUGCAUCAGUUUGAGAAGAUUGAGCAAUUCAUCUUCUGCAAGCCGGAAGACAGCUGGCAGCAUUUUGACAGCAUGAUCGAUACCAGCGAGGAGUUUUACAAGUCAUUGGAGAUCCCCUAUCGGGUCGUGGCGAUUGUUUCCGGUGCAUUGAACAACGCCGCUAGCAAGAAGUACGAUCUCGAAGCGUGGUUCCCAUACCAAGGCGAGUACAAGGAGUUGGUAUCUUGCUCAAACUGCACAGACUACCAGACGCGCGAGCUGGAGGUUCGGUACGGCCAGAAGAAGCAAACAGAUGCCUCAUUCCAGAAAGCCUACGUCCACGCUCUCAACUCCACCCUUUGUGCUACUGAACGCGCUCUCUGCUGUGUGCUGGAAAACUACCAGCGUGAGGACGGAAUCGAGGUGCCCAAGGUGCUGCGGAAGUACAUCCCUGGUCAGCCCGAAUUCCUCCCCUACGUUAAGGAGCUGCCAAAGGACUCUACCAGCAACAAGGCUAAGGCUGCGGGCGAGGGCAAGGCCGUUAAGGGCGGUGUUGCGAAGCUCCCGGCGGAAGGCGAAGUUGUGGAGAGGCCAAAGCACAAGGCAGAGGAAGUUAAGUCUUGA